AUGAAUACAUUUUUUUCUCUUAUCAACAACAACUAUCAAAAGUCAUCCUCCGAUGAUGUUGAGACGCAUCCAAAAUCCACGUUUCGUCGUCUUCCAGAUUUCUCAUACUCACCGCCUGUAACCUCAAAACGACGGUUUUCACAACAACGAGAACGACUAUGGUCAAUAUCAUCAUCAUCAUCAUCGCCACAACACAACGAUGCAACAGAUUCUUGUUCUAUUAAAUCAUCUUCCACUUCCUCAUCAGCUACAUCAUUAUCAUCGUUCGAUGAUAGCUCAAUAUCAGAAAAUAAAUAUGUUAGCUUUCCAUCAUUUGAAAAUUUCGCAAGCGAUUGCUGUUGGUAUGACAAUGAACAACGAUUAUUAUUAAAACGAGAAAUUGCUGUUAGCGAAUUAGAAAUGGAGAGAUACGAUGAGAUGUUUGUGGGAAAUGUUAGAACAUAA